GUUGCGAAUUAUGUCUCUAUCUUUACACUUCUAUCUGAUUGGAUGGUGACAAAUCGAACUGUCCAAUCAGAGCGCAGAUGGCUUCCUGUCCUUCCGCACCGCUGCAGACUCUUAAAGGGGAGUAGAGUGUCAACAAUGGACGAAGGCGCGAGUACGUCUGUUACACCGGAACAAAAAUCUGCUGUAGAGAGAGCUAUACGCAGCUUUGUUGAUGUUCUAUCUAAUGUCCGGUCAGAAGUGGGGGGUGAAACUGUAAGUAGACAGAGUAGUCAGCCACCAGCCGGCCCACAGACCACCAGAGAGAACACACUGAGGGAAAUGCAAAGGUCAUUUCCAGCAAUGUUUCAAAGAAGACAGAACAGAGGAAAGCGACCUUUUCCAGCACCAAGCGUUGUCAUACCAGCAGCUCGCCAUGUAGAGCUCAGUUUCUGUCUUUUGCCUGGUUCAACAACAAAAACUCCCAAAAACGAAAUAAAGCUCCUUCAAGCUGGACUGGGAAGACGGACAAUUGGCAUAGCUGAUAAUGCUGAUCAUGAACAGAUCACCAAAGCUCUUCAUGGUGAAUAUCCCAAAAUGAAGACCCUAACCGGAGGAUGGCUUUUGUAUAAAUCUGCAGGUGGUAAUGGACAGAGGAACUUGUCUGUUGUGGCUCAGGGAUCGCAGGGCUACACGUCAAAGAUGCUGAAGAUGGCCACCAGCAAUGGGAAGCACAUGCUUUACAUUGUUCCGCUCCAGGAAGAAAUUGAUACUACACCUCUUCCUCAUGAUGCUGCAGAGUUCAGGAAAAUGCCCAAGUCCCAGUGCAAGAACUGUGGAUUGAAUAUGCCUCUUCAACUACUUGUUAAUCACAUUGAAAGCUGUGGACAGGAAUCUGACUUUGAUGACAUCCCUGAACAGGCACCACACAUAGAACCUGUUAUUUCUACAGAAGUUCAAGUCCAGCCUUCCUGUCCUGUUUGUGGCAAGCAAUUUUCCAGAGAGGUGUUAAUGUUGCAUGCCAGUACAUGUGGUGAAAGUGUAAUGGAAGACUUUCCAACAACAUCAAGGCCACAAGGUGGAGCUGCACUGAGCAGCGAUGGAGACGACCUCAGUGCUGCAUCAUUGUGUGAAGUCACCGGCCAUGAAGUUGAACUUUGGAAAAAUGUUAGUUCUCCCCAAGAAGCUGCUACACUGUUUAAAAAGUACCUAAUGCGAGAAAAGGAGAACGAACCCCCGAUCAUGGCAAGCAUUGACAUCCGUGAUGAUCAAACUUCCCAAAGUCGUGACAUCCUUGCCUUCUACAAAAGGCCAAAGAUUGACUGGACCAGACCAUUUCACUGUUUAUUACAAGGUGACACAGCUGUUGGCAUUGGUGUCCAAAGACAUUUUCUCAGUUUAGCCAUGCUAAAAUUGCAGCAUGGUUUUAACAUAAACAGUGGUGUAGCUGACACAACCCUUCUUUUUGAGGGACAACAGGACCACCUUAUCCCCUGUACAUCUCGGAUUUUGGUUGACAGUGACCUCUUUCUGGUGGCGGGAAGAAUGAUUGGGCAUUCAUUCCUGAACGAUGGACCUCGUCUUCAUGGGCUCAGUGAUGCAAUUGUUCACAUGCUUCUGCAUGCUAACAGAGAUACUGUCACUGUAAAGCUUGAAGAUGUGCCAGAUCUUGACAUACGAACAACAAUCCAAAUGCUUGAUGGAGACAAACCCCUGUCUGAGGAGCAGAAGAAUGAAGUUAACACUCUUGCAAUUUCCUGGGACUUGCCACCUGUUAACACAGAAAAUCGUAAAUGGCUGCUCCAACAGUUACUCCAUCAUGCAGUGAUUGGACGAACCAUUAGGCAAACAAAGCAAAUUAGGAAGGGACUAAAGGACACCAGACUGUGGAAUCUGCUCCAAGACAGGCCUGAAACUGCUCCGAUCAUCUUCCCCCGGCAUGCUGAAAGCAUUCUCACUGUCCAGGCAGUUCUCAGUCACAUUGUUUGGCCAGGGGAUGACAGUGAUGAUGAUGAUGAUGAUGCUCCCUACACACUGAGGGUCCAGAAUGAGAUAGCAGGAUUCUUGAGAACUUUUAUUGAAACAGCCACUCCACUCCAGCUCAGCCAGCUGGUGAAGUUUUGGGUCGGGUGGGAAAUCCCUACUGGCCAGAUGAAAGUCGAGGUAGUCAAGGCAGACUAUCUGUCAUCCUCCACAUGCUUUGCUACAUUGCGUGUUCCUGGGAACUUCCAUGAGUACAGUGUUUUCUCCAAACAUGUGGAUAGCUGCAUAGGAACUUAUGCUACAGGUUUUGGCCUAAUUUAAACCCUUUUGGUUCACAACAUUGCCUAUUGCAUGGCUGCAUGGCUGUUUCCCGUGCUGGCCCCCUGCCCAUCCCCAUUGUUGAUCCAAAUAUGGCUCGUGUUACAAAAGGUUCAAGCUGAGUCAGUUUUGAAAUGUUAAAAAUAAGAUUCAAGCCUACCAUAUCCUGAAGUUUGUCUUCAAUCAAAUGGUCUUUGGAAAAGAUUUUUUGUUAAAUCACUUGUUAAUGCGUCUCUUCAAAGAAUUACAGAGAACA